GCCCGCCUUGCGCACGGACCAUAACUAUGAGUGCCACUUCACGCGGCCGUGGACUUGAGCGUUGCGCGCCCAAGAGCUCACUUCACUUCUGGAGAAAUGUCUUGCUGAGAACAUUUGGUUCGAAGCUCAGGGAUCCAAGAACAAAUGAGGUGAACCGCACAUCUCUCAUCGCCGACAGCGACAACCAUGUCACUAUUCAACCGGCCGGCAUGGGCCAAAUCAACACAAACCACCGAGCUGGCCAACGAUGAACCGGACACCAACAUCUUCAGCCACUCGGGCCGCGCAUUCCGCGAGAUUGUAGCGGAGCAAGAGCGGAAGAAACAGGCGAAGCUGGACAGGAAAAAGGAAAAGGAGGAGCGAAGAUUAUCGCGAAAGCGGGACAGUGGUGGGCAGGCUGAUGGGGAGGCUGCGCCGAAUGCGGCAGCUAGCAAGAGGAUGCGCAUAUCUCCGCCGGAAGAAGAUGACGAUGAUGAUUAUAUGCCUGUUGAUGGCGGUGUUGCGGCUUCGCCACGGCGAGAUCGCUACAACGGGAGUGUGGAUGGUUUGCGAAGGGAGGAGGGCGUAGUACGACGGUCGCCGAGGGGGAAGCAGAGGUAUGCUGUCGCUGGGGAUGGUACGCCUUCACGAAGAGAUCGACCCAACAUCCAGGUCGUGGAUCUUGGAAGCUCGGAUGGCGAGGGCCACGAAGACAUAUUCCAACCUCAAAUACCACUCAACGAACCAGUGGAAGAGGAUUCCGACGAUGAAUUCGCCGCUCUGGCACGACGCGCACGGCAACAGCGACAAUCAAAGGAUGAUCUGGGGCAAGACAAAGCUCUUGGCCAAUCUCAUACAACUCGUGCCUCUCCAGCAGUUGGACCUGCUCUCGAUACCGGACAAGCGCGCCAAACAACACCGCCUCCCGACCCGACCAUACAGCUACUUGUCUCCUCUACAUUGGAAGGCACCAAGCCGAUGUUGGUGUAUCGCAAACUUUCGCAGAACAUCGGAGCCGUCCGAAAGAUUUGGUGCGAAAGGCAGGGGUUUUCGGAGGAGGCGGCGAAGGAUGUGUUUUUCGUGCAUCGCAUGCGCCGCGUCUACGAUGUCACGACUUGCCGAAGUCUCGGACUGGAAGUCGACUCCUUUGGCAACCUGACCUUCAAGGGAGGAGAGGGCGAAGAAGACGUCGAUAAGGUGCAUCUUGAAGCGGUGACGGAAGAAACGUUCCGGCAGAAGAAGCUCGAGAAGGCGGAAGACUCGCAGAAGCGGAAUGGAGAAUCGUUCGCGCACGCAGAAGACGAAGCCGAGUUGCAAUCAACCGAACCGGCAAAGGAAGAAUUCAUAAGGCUAUUACUGAAAGCCAAAGGGGAAGAAGACUUCAAGCUGAAAGUGAAAGCCAGCACCACCUUCGCACGCAUCAUCGCCGCCUACACCAAAACGCACGCGGCACUGGAAGGUCAGCAGCUAUCGCUGGAGUUUGACGGCGACAAACUCAACCCCGACGACGAAGUGCAGAGCACGGAAGUGGCGGAUUUGGAUUGUCUGCAGGUGCAUAUCUCGUCGGCUUGAGAGGACCGGAAGUGUCAAGCACUUCAUUGGUCCUGCAGGAGGCGCGAAAGAUGCAUGGUGUUUGGCUGCUCGUCGACGUCAA